AUGGAGGUUCACAAGGGACGAAAGAUAUCCCGGUUUGGAGGAGAUGAAUGGAAUCGUUUCAUCGCCCACGUGCAUCUCACUGAGGGUGUACUGAUCAGCUUCUCUUUCAGAAGAGAAACUCCAAGGCUAGUUGUUAUCUACAUCAACUCGGAGGAUGAAGAUGAUGAGGACCCACUUGAUGAAGCCCUCUAUGCCCAACGAAUCAGGCUGAGCGAGGACGACUCAGGCAACCUCUGGUACAUACUUCCUCCACGUGAUGACUACGUCGGGAUGCCAUUCGUGACCCGCCUGACAGGGACAAAUGUUAACCGACAUGUCAUGAGGCUAAGUGAGAGUUGUGGCAUCAAGCCAAACGAAGUAGGCAUUGCUGGACUACGCCUUACCGCAAGGGGCUCCAUCACCAACUGUGCUCACGCAGUGGACACGGACAGUCGCACUGUCUUCAGUGCCACGGGGUGGAACAACUUCCUUGCUGGGAAACUCCAGGUUGGACAGGUCAUCUUAGUCACCAUCAGGAACACCCGCCACCAUGACUUAACGAUGAUAAUCGUCAUCGAUCUCAUUUAG